UGGGUGAAGGAUGGUCCUAGUCCUCACUGAAAUUCGCCUGCUCCCCAGACCCUGUCCUCUCUGUUCUCCAACAUGGCAUGCCUGUGGUUCCCUAGAGGUUUCUUGAUGGCAGCUCUGAUGGUAAUGCUGAUGGUGCUGAGCCCUCCCCUGGCUUGGGCCAGGGAUACCCCACCACAUUUCUUGUUCCUGGGGAAGGCCGAGUGCCAUUUCACCAACGGGACGGAGCAGGUGCGAUUCCUGGUCAGAUGCUUCUAUAACGGGGAGGAGUAUGUGCGCUUCGACAGCGAAGUGGGGGAGUUCCGGGCGGUGACGGAGCUGGGACGGCCCAUUGCCAAGUACCUGAACGGGCAGAAGGACCACCUGGAGCAGGAGCGGACAGCGGUGGACCGGAUCUGCAGACACAACUACGGUGUUGGUGAGAGCUUCACGGUGCAGCGGCGAGUUGAGCCGACAGUGACCGUGUUCCCCUCGAAGACGCAGCCCCUGCAGCACCACAACCUCCUGGUCUGCUCCGUGAAUGGUUUCUAUCCAGGCCACAUUGAGGUCAAGUGGUUCCGGAACGGCCAGGAGGAGGAGACUGGGGUCGUGUCCACAGGCCUGAUCCGUAAUGGAGACUGGACCUUCCAGACCCUGGUGAUGCUGGAAACAGUUCCUCAGAGUGGAGAGGUCUACACCUGCCACGUGGAGCAUCCAAGUCGCACGAGCCCUAUCACCGUGGAAUGGAGGGUACAGUCUGACUCUGCACAGAGCAAGAUGCUGAGUGGAAUCGGGGGCUUUGUUCUGGGUCUGCUCUUCCUUGUGUUGGGUCUGUUCAUCUACUUCAGGAAUCAGAAAGGACACUCUGGACUUCCACCAACAGGACUCCUGAGCUGAAGUGGAGAUGCUGACACUCCAGGAAGAACCUUCUUUUCAAGCUUCUUUGCAGAGUGAAAAGGUUCCCAGCUUGGCAGGGGAAGAAAUCUUGCUGCUUUAAAAGUUAGUUCUCUGUAAAUCAGUGGCCCUGUAGAAAGCAUCUCUUUAACCAGGAAAGGGCCCAUAUUUCUUCCACAAACACGGUGCUUUCUCAGGAUCUGUUUUGCCCUGGCUUCAGUGACCCCGCAGAACCCAUGCUUCCUGAUGGCUCCCUCCACCCCGUCCUUGACCUGGAAGCCCCAGUACUGACUGCAGCUCGUUAUCUUCAUUCUCUCCUGGCCCUCUGUGAAUGCAGCCCUUACAGCCUCCCCUGCAUUGGAACUCACCUUCUGCUCACAUGUCUUUAGAAGCUUUUCUCAAGUAAACGUGGAGUGAAAAUCACCCCUUUCACAUAGUUUCAAGGAAAAGAAGUAUUAAAAAAGGAGAUAAAGGGAGGAUUCUAUCACAUAA